CACACGCUUGUCUGUCUCACUCACUCAUUCAACUAAAACGUUUCUCUUUCUCAUAAUGAAGCAUCUUUUUAUUCUCCUCAGUGCUUUGUGGUCUACACAGGCUGCUGCACAGAGAUACACUUAUACCACGCGCACCAUGACAGAAUGCUUCAGUGCAACUCAAACAAGCUUUGGCCAGGCUGAGCCAACACAAGGUGCUGACAAGUACUGGACUAUUGAGAUGCCUGAAUGUCAGGAUUGUCUAUGUACGGACUGUGCCUACACAAAUACAUACACCACAACACUCGACGUCUUUUCACCAUCAGGCAUCGCCAAGUUCCCUUAUCAAGUCAAGGAAGUCUACAGGGGCAUGUCAGCCAUGCCGGCUGAUGCUACACCAACUGCUGUUCCUUAUGGCUUCACCUCUGGCGUCGAGACCUGCAGCAUCUGCGGUGACGAGCCAGUUACUGCAACGAUGACAUAUCCUCGUGGUGGCUCUCCAUAUCAAGAGAGUGUACCUACAGCAACACUCGCUGCCCAGACUGCCUUUGAGCGUCCUUCAACAUUACGAACUCAAGUGGCUGAUACAGAAGCUACCGAUUCUCCUUCAAAUGAGAACAAUACACGACCUCUUGAAAACACUGUCCUUGAGCACAAGGCCAUUCAAUACAGUGGCCAGGGACCAGACAUGGCCGACUUUGUCAAGUUCAGUCUUGCAAGCAAAUCUGGCCCUAAUGUCGACGACGCCGAGUCAAAGACACCUGGAAAACCAUCCAGGGAUAUCAAUAGCUACGUCAAGAUGCGAUUUGACGCAGCUGAAGCAGCUCCAUCGAAAGAUGUUGAUGGUGCAGCAGCUAGCAAACAUCCACCAGCUGGCGUUGCUAUAGCUGUGCUUGUGCCUAUCGCACUUCUGUUGUAGAACAGCCAAUAAAACAACAAGAAGAGAAGAACAAAAAAACGAGGGAGAUUUUCAGGAAUGCAUUCAGCGCCGGCGUUGCAUAACUCAUCCAUAUUCGGAAAUGCUUCUUUUAUCCAUUUAAUAAUGAUUACCACGGCCAACUAUGGAAGAACAGGAUACCACCAGAGCAUACAAGACGCCAUUUGAAGGAAAUUAGAAUAGUCAGAAUAUUAGCUAGAUACCCCCCAAUAAAUAAAGAAUUAAAUGUACUUUCAG